AUGGCCGCCAAAUUCUUCAAAGCGGCUCUUCUAGGGGUAGUUUUGAGUGCAGUUGCGGUUGCAUCCCCUAUUGACGGUAGCUCACCUAACCCUAACUUAUCACUUGUCUCUCGAGCGCUUCCCAUUGGCACUUGUAACCCUAACACACCUUGUCCAAACGGCGCCUGUUGUGGAAGCAACGGCCUUUGUGGCUACUCGCCAGCCGAAUGCGGUACGGGUUGUACUUCUAACUGUGAUGCCAAAGCAGCAUGCGGUCAAUAUGGCAAACCCGGACAGCAGAAAUGUCCUUUGAAUGUCUGCUGUUCUGAAUUCGGGUUUUGUGGUAGCACCUCAGAUUUCUGUGGUAAAGGAUGCCAAACUGGCUUUGGCACAUGCGGUGAUGCACCUAAGCCAUCAUGUUCAAGUUCGGGUGUGAACAAGCGUACCAUAGGCUACUAUGAGUCGUGGGCCUCAACUCGCAAAUGUCAAAGUGUACAACCGGAGGACCUCAAUCUAGCUGGCUUCACUCACGUGAAUUUCGCAUUCGCAUUCUUUGAUCCGGAUACGUUCCAGAUCUCCCCCAUGGAUUCAAACUCAGCGACUUUGUAUCAUCGCUUCACUGAUUUGAAGCAGACCUACAGCGGUCUUCAGACGUGGAUAUCCGUUGGCGGAUGGUCGUUUACAGAUCCAGGCCCAACAAGACAAGCUUUCUCCAACAUGGCCAGCAGCGCCGCGAACCGUCAAAAGUUCAUCUCGGGUGUCCUAUCAUUUAUGAACACCUAUGGAUUUGAUGGUCUUGAUAUCGACUGGGAAUAUCCUGGUGCAGAUGACCGCGGAGGUGUGCCUGCAGAUACUGACAAUUUCGUGACAUUGGUGAAAGAGUUGAAACAGGGAUUAGGUUCGAAAGGCCUGACGGUGACAUUGCCAACCAGCUAUUGGUACUUGCAGCAUUUUGAUGUCAAUGCAAUGCAAGAUUAUGUCGACUGGUUCAAUCUCAUGUCAUAUGAUUUACACGGGACAUGGGAUGCUGAUUCGCAAUUCGUCGGCGCCUAUAUUGCUCCCCAUACGAACUUGACAGAAAUCGACCUCGGCCUGGGGCUUUUAUGGCGUGCAGGCGUAGCCUCAUCAAAGGUUGUCCUUGGCCAAGGUUGGUACGGUCGCUCGUUCACUCUGAAAGACCCUUCAUGUAAUACACCGAACGGUGUGUGCCAGUUCAGCGGUGGUGCCGAUGCUGGGCCUUGUUCAGCUACCUCCGGUAUUCUCGACUAUCAAGAAAUCGUUGAUAUAAUUGACCAACACAGUCUCAAACCAUCAUGGGAUAAGACUGCAGGUGUCAAAUGGAUUACUUGGGAUAGUAAUCAAUGGGUGUCGUAUGACGACGAUGACACCUUCGCACAGAAGAAGUCGUUUGCGAAUGACCGCUGUCUUGGUGGUAUGAUGGUCUGGGCCAUUGACCAAAAAGACCAAUCUUCGUCAAACAAUCUAGUCUCGGGGGUAACCAAGGACCAGCAAAACAAUGCCAAGCAAUCUUCUGCUGACCAGGCUGGUAAACUUUCAUGCUACACUACUGACUGCAAUGCCAAAUGUAAGAAGGGCACAAACCAGGUUACCCAGAUGAAUGGUCAACCUGGUCAAUUGUCCACCAGCGGACGUUGCCCUAAGGGACAAUAUCGAAACCUAUGCUGCAAUGAUGGAACUACCAUGGGUAAAUGCCAAUGGCGCGGAUAUCGUGGGGUGGGGUUAUCGUGUAUCUCUGGCUGUGCAGAUGAUGAAACCGAACUUGUCACCGAUACCAACAACCACAGCGGAAAGAAAGACCAAACGUGCAACGGUGGCUUGCAAUCUUACUGUUGCUCAGGUUUCAAACCUCCGCCCUCAAAAUCGGACCUCGCGAAGCAAGCUGCGGACGCGGCGAAAGACGCAGUAGAAGCGGCCGCAGAACAGUUGGCGCUCGAUGUCGCAGCAAAAGCCUUCUGUCGAAUCGCCGUCCCCGCACUCCUAGCACCGCUAGAGCUCGUGGAAGAUCUUAUCCCUAUUAUCGGUUGGAUCGCAGAUGCCGCGGAGAUCGCAGCGACUCCGGAACUCAUCCAGCUCUGCGUUAAAGGUAUCGAGAAAGAGGGGAAAGCCGAAUUUAAAGUGUUCGGAAAGAAGCACACCAUAUCCAUGGAAACUAAGACGAAGCCAGUUUCUUCGAGGGCAGCACCCUCCAGCCAUAGCCCCCUGCCCACGAGCUCCGCUAACUGUAAGCGAGCGGAUGCUCCCGACAACUGCGGUAAACCUGUCCGUUAUGGCCCGGACAGUUCCGUAUGUACGGCGUCGACGACCUACGAGCCGGCCCCGGUAGUUUCGGUCUGCACCGGCUCGAGGUGGAAACAGGCAUGUUUGCAUUACAGCUCUGUGAUUGACCAUCAUCCCGAAUGGAAGACAUUAAAGUGUCCUAUACACACCUACUGGCGGCCACUUCGGCCGUGGGCAGAUCAGUGGGAUCAAGAUCAUAAUGAAGAAUGGUACGACGGUUUCAUGCAGUCCGCCAACGUGAACUGUCAGCCCGACGAGUAUCCGCCUGCCGCAUUUAUGCAGUUUCAGGGGAGGGAAAAUUCUCCCAAACAAUACAUACGCUUUGCUCCGGGAUCCCAGAAUGGAGGGGCCGGCUCAUCCCUUUUUAGAUUGAGGUUCUGCGGAUACGACGACCACGGCGAUCUCCCCGUUGAAAAAGUCGGUGUAAGUCAUAUCAAAGAUAUAAACAAAGGAGGAUACAAGAUAAGAAUCAUGCAUUAUUCCGCGCGAACGACCCGCAAAGCAGUCAGAAUCGACUUCGAUAAUGGUGUUGUAGGACCGGCCGGCGACCAAUAUGGGCUGACAGCAAACCCGUGUUGGCCGAGUACACUCUUGUACGAUCCCGGUUUCGCGCUGCUCACAGACGACGAGUAUUAUGAUGCACAUAAGGAUGCUCAAGCGUAUGCCAGGAGAAACUAUAAGGGCCUCAUUCCACAAGAUGUACUUGGUAACCAUCAGCCUAGGCCAGGAUACACGAAGAGAGAUAGGAAGGCACACGACCUAGAUCCCAAUGCUUGGGUAUUCGACGACGGAAACAGCACUCGGCGUGUCACGGAUGAGGAAUUAAGGGAAGAUCUGGGUAUUCUGAGAUGUAGUUCAGCUGAUUGCCAAGAGGAGAUGAAGGUACUGGGUAUUGAAACAGCGCGCGUCGUGCAGCCUGAUGAGCCUGGAUACCACCAAGUUCAAACAGCAGUCGCAUCAACAACACAGACAGUGCUAAAAGCCGCUGUUACUCCAGUGAGCAGCGCCACUGCUUCUAGCGGCCCCCGUGGAACACCCGCGCAACCACGGGUAACUGGUUUAUGAUUGGCAAGAUUUAGACUGUAGCUCAAUCCAAGCACAACCUAUUCCUGUUAAAUAGUCGUCGA